AUGAUAUUCAUAAGGCUGAACCUAUGCUCGUUAGAUAAACAGUCACAUCCAGACCAGCCACAGCAAAACGGACACCCACAGCAACCUCCUCCCACAGAUGGUCUCAUCAAUGGCGCUGCCGUCAAUGGUCAUUCUGCUCCCCAGCCUAUACCAGGUCCAUCCAUUACCCCUGUAUCCUUCACUCAAGAACAAAUGGCUGCUCUACGCGCUCAGAUUAUGGCCUUCAAACUCGUCUCCCGCGGUUCCCCCAUCCCCGACCAUCUACAACAUGCCAUUCGUGUUCACAACACCGCCGUCCCCGAUCUUGAGAAGCUUCUCCAGGGCCCAGACGUGUCCUCACACGCAGUUAGCUCGGGCGUGUACCCAUACAACGCAUUCAAGAUGCCCUUCAUCCACCUCGAGCGCCCACCCAACGUCGACCCAACCAUGGUCGCAACCCGCCUCCAGCGCCUCCUCAUCCCCUCCAUCAUGCCUGCAGGGCUCGACGUCCACCAGGUCAUUAACGAGCGUGUUCGGUUCAUCGAAGCGCGCGUUCAACAGCGCAUCAAGGAGCUCGAGGAUAUCCCCGCCACAAUCGGUGAAGGCCACUUUGAAUCUCUGGCAGACGUCAUCCUCGGUGGAGCCAAGCAAGAGUCACCCGAUGAGUUCUCGCCACAUGCUCCACACGGCAAGCUGCGCGCAAUGAUCGAGCUCAAGUCCCUCAAGGUGCUCGAGAAACAACGUGCCAUGCGCGCGCUCGUCGCAGAGCGCUUGAUUCAAGGCACCCUGCUCCCGCUCAACCGCGUAGACUUCAGGCGUGCGCGAAAGCCCACUCUCAGGGAUGCGCGCAUGACCCGCAAACAGCGUAUCGACCGCGAGAGGCGUGCGAAACACAAGGAUGUCGAGCAGCUCGGCAUCAUCUGCCAACACGGGCGCGACAUCAUCACUGUGAACCGCUCCGCACAAGACCGGGUUACAAAGCUCGGGCGUGCGGUGCUGUCCUUCCAUGCCUUCACUGAGAAAGAGGAACAGAAACGUAUCGAGAGGAUAUCGAAAGAGCGUUUGAAGGUGCUCAAGGCGGAUGAUGAAGAGGCGUAUAUGAAGCUUAUCGAUACGGCAAAAGACACGCGUAUCACGCAUUUGCUGCGGCAAAUGGAUGCCUAUCUCGAUUCGCUUGCGCAGGCUGUCGUUGCGCAGCAAAAUGAGUCUGGCCCCCCCUUGGAUACCAACUUUGACCAGGAGGAAGGCCCCGCGAAGGAGGCCACGUCUGGCGCCCAAGUCAGUUCUGACGCACAGGAUGACAAGGGCAAGGUGGAUCACUAUGCUGUUGCACAUCGCAUUUCGGAGAGGGUCUCGAAGCAGCCUGGGUUCGUGGGCUUGUCGGGGCCCAUCCUCUCUUACUUCAGACCACCGACGUAA